CACCAACUCUUGCGUGUAGGAAACUACAACUCAUUUGUUUUUACAUUGCCUUUCCCAUAUCCAUCUAUAUAUAUUUUUUCACAAUACCAUUACCUUUAUCUCCUACCACUUUGUUUCCUCUAAGAUUAUCGUCAAUUCAAACCACAUGGCUUCUACAAACAAGCCUGUUGAAUCUGAAUACAAAUCAUCUUCAACUCCAGUACUUCAUGCUUCAGCUCCCGCUGGUGUUGAUUACUUUAAAUUUGAUGUCAUCCUAAGGUUUCUCUUGUUUGCAGCAUCACUGGUAUCUGUUGUGGUCAUGGUCACGGGUAAUCAAACAUUAAAUAUUCCUCUGCCACUGUCAGCCAAGUUCAGAUACUCACCAUCCUUUGUGUAUUUUGUGGCUGCAUUCUCCGUUUCUGGCCUUUACAGCAUCAUUACAACUAUUGCAUCACUCUCUGCUAUUAAAAAUCCAACCCUCAAAACGAAGUUGCUCCUCUACUAUGUCUUGUGGGAUGCGGUGAUACUGGGCAUAAUAGCCUCAGCAGUAGGCACAGCAGGGGGCAUGGCAUAUUUGGGUUUGAAGGGAAAUAAACACGUGAAUGGUUGGAACAAAAUUUGCAAUGUUUUUGACAAGUUCUGUAGGCAUGUUGGUGGCGCCGUAGGCGUGGGUUUGUUUGGAAGCAUUGUCACAGUCUUGCUCAUUUGCCUUUCAGCUUACAGCAUUCAUAGCCGAGUCCCCAAGUAGAUGGAAUGGAAGGAACAUCGAUUAGUGUUCUCUCAGUAAUUGUCAAGUGUGUAGAUGACUUAAUGUGUUGCUUCAAUCGUGUUAAUUAUUUUUUUUUGUAAUUCAGUAUAAGGACUCAGUUGUAUUUUACAUGUCAUUCGUGCCAUAAAUGAUUGAAGUUAUUAAUUCUA